GCUUUUCUUGUUCUUACGUUUUCCUUUAUUCCAAACAUUGUGAUGUUUCGAUUGAAGGUUUAGAGCUACUUCCUGACUCUCGAGACAUUCAAGCGGCUAUCACGUUUUCUCCUCCUCCGUCUUCCUCUCCCCCCUCCCCCACCACUCAAUUCCAUACGGUCUUUAAAUUCGAUUUUCUAUCCCAAACGGCUGGCGUAAACACCUAUGCUCCUUUGACAGGACAACCUGGCCCAUUACCUCAGGAUGUCGCUUCUAUGGCAUAAAAUCAUCCUCAUCUCAACUUCCUUAUCAUUGCUGGCACUGACACUAGCAAUACCAUUUACUCCUCAAGGCGCAUUCGACAUUGUGCAGCGCGACGGCGGAUCAUGUCCCCUUGAACACUACUCCCCUUGCGAUGAUCCUCAAGCUCCAGCCAACUUCUGCUGCCCACCAGGCACAGUAUGCAUUACUCUGAACCUGGCGGCCUACAUGGUAUGUUGCCCGGUGGGCCACAACUGCUAUAACAUGACGCAAGCUUCAUGUGAUCCUAACGAUUACGAUCCUGAACGCUCUCCCCAUUCCACUGCAAAAUCGAGGAGACCUGAUAUGGGAAUACCGAAAUGUGGAGAUCGUUGUUGUAUUCCUGGCGCUAGAUGUAAAUCAGAUGAUGUGGGAAAUUUGUAUUGCCAGGUUUCGUUCCCAAACCUAGCAUAUCCGCCAUUUCCAGAAGGCAAGGGUCGUAUUCCCCCUACACUCCAACUUCCAUCGACAGCAUCAAAAUCAGAACAGGUCACCCAGACCCAGACGAGCUCGACCUCUCCGUCUACUUCAAUUACAACCGAACCCCCAAAUAUAAUCCCAAUUUCAGAUCUUCCAUCAGUAGGCCAACAACCUACAUCAACAUCUUCAGCCAUUCACAAUGUCAACCACUCAGAGCCUCUAUCAUCCUCACCGGAAGGAUCCAAAUUCCCACCCCUCGCAAUCGUUGUCGGCCUUAUUCCUGGUCUUGUAGCCGGGAUUAUCCUCGCGCUGAUAAUCAUUCAUUUCUAUAGACGGCGCCAAGAAAAACGUUUCAUUCCGUCACCCAUGUCGAAAUUCAGCCAUUUCCGUGAAAAGUCAUGCGAGAAGGGUGUAGUCUCCAUCUCUGACCCCAUCCCUUCCACAGCGCAGGACUCCGUCCGGACAGAUUUCCUCCGCCGCCAAGCCGCCGGCCUCGCGAAGGAAGAGGACGGUAAUACUAAAUCGAAGUUUCGCCGGACUAGUGCGCGGGUGAAGAGUUUUUUUGGGCCAAGGCCUACAGCAGAUGAUAUUGCGACCAUGCCUAUGUCGACUACGGCGCUUAACGACCGAGAAACAGGGGCGAAUGGUGUUGGUGGCGUCGGCAGUGGUGAUGGACGAGGAAUAGGGCGCGAGCCAAGUACAGAGAGUAUAAAAGUUUUCAGCCCGGUACACCUACGGCCCGCUCAAAUCGGGGAUCCGUAUCCUCCCGCUGGCAACGGCAGACCACAAACUACAUUUUCCGAAAUGAUAGAACGAGUUGGGUUCCAGAGCAAGAACGGUAGUCCGUAUUUUUCGGUCACGGCGACGCCGCCUCUCCCGCAACUAAUAACGCCGCAACGCAGGGUAUAGAUAUUUGGAUUUGGCUCAUUGCCCGCCGUCGUUGUCUCCGCCAAGUUGCGCCAUUGGGACAAAGGAUGAGCAAAGGACUUGAGGCCGAAGGAUAAAAGACGAAGCAGGCGUAACAAGCUAAUAAUAGUAUAAUAUUUAAAGACGGUAUUUGCCGACAAAGCUUGAAGGACGGCAGAAGAAGUGAAAAUGGAAAAGGGCUAUAGAUAAGGUGUUUUUGGUUUGUAAGUACAGUCUAAUUUGUAACUUAAGCGAGGAGCAGGACUACAGGUUUUGUGAAGGACAUAACUCCUGACUUUCCUUUUGGGGUUUUCAUGGUUCCUCGGUGUUUAUAGGUUUUCUCUCUCUUGGUUUUUUUUUAUUGCUCCUCUCACCUAUUUUUGAGUUUGGUCGUUGUAAUUAUACGCCACAUAGACCGCAGUGUUAGUAUCAUACUCAUAUACCCGUCCGAAUCUUUAGCAU